UCACCUCGCACAAAUACCCAAUCCCAACCCCAACAAAACUUCCAAGACUGAACUUCAGGGGACUCGGCGGCGCCCACCUCUCUUGGCUCAUUGUGGUGUACAAUUCUCAUUUGACAAUUUCAAACUAAAAGUAAAAUCAAAUAUGAGAGUUGUUGUCGGUAGUUGUAUCUCGCUCUCCCCUAUCGCCGCCCUUCGGAAGCCUGCUUACCGCCAUAGCUUUCGACCUUCCGAAACCCUAGUUCCGUCUUCCCUUUCAACGGCUCCUCUUCCUCGUUCAACAUUCUCCCGAUUCUCGACCACCGCUUCUAUUUCGGCACCGGAAUCGAUGUCUCCGGAGCCCAAACAGCCUCGGAAGCCGUGGCUCAUCGUUGGUCUUGGAAACCCCGGCAAGAAGUUCAACGGAACUCGCCAUAAUGUUGGUUUUGAAUUGGUAGAUGCUGUUGCUGAAGCUGAAGGGAUAUGUGUUACCAGUGUUUCUUUCAAAGCUCUUCUUGGCAAAGGUUAUAUUGAAGAUGUUCCAGUUAUGAUUGCCAAACCGCAAACUUUCAUGAAUGCAAGCGGUGAGUCUGUUGGAGCCAUAGCCUCAUAUUACAAGAUUCCACUGAAGCAAGUACUUGUGAUCUAUGAUGAUCUAGAUUUGCCUUUUGCCAAAAUGAAAUUGUUGCCAAAGGGUGGACAUGGAGGGCACAAUGGGAUGAGGAGUAUCAUUGAUCAUUUUCAAGGGAGUCGCGACUUUCCUCGUUUGAGAAUUGGUAUUGGGCGACCUCCUGGGAAAAUGGAUGCUGUCAACUUUGUUCUUCGACCGUUCAAUAAACAAGAACGUGAAGAGUUAAAUUUUACAUUCCAAGAUGGAAUAGAAGCAAUUCGGAUCCUUCUUCUUCAGGGCUUCAAUAAAAGUGCAACAUUUGUUAAUAGUGCCAAACCCUUGAAACAACUUGGUUAAUUGGACAUAUGAUAAUACUGUAAACCUUAUAUUCAUGCUAAAGCCUAAAUGAUUAAAUCCUACACAGAUUCAAUGAUUUUUUGAGACCAGGUUUGACUGUUACUACGAAACUGGAGAUUAAUUUCAAACGCCAAUUCAUUCAAGGAGCUGCAGCAAAAAUUUUUGUCCAACUUUCUCUUUUAUAGAAUUAUUAAAGGCAAUUUGUAAUGUAACAUAAAUUCUUUAUUUUAAAGUGUAUUUAAUUGUUUUCAAUACUAAUAUUUGGAGUCUCUA